CAGAACGGGCGUAACAAAAGGUGGGCACGAGCAACGGAAGAGGCAUGUCGUGCCGGUCGUAACGUUCAUCUUUUGUGACCCGUCGUCGAUCCUAGAAAAAGAGAGUGCUCGUCCCUGUCAUCCAUUCGAAUGUUUUUGCGAUUCGUGAAAACCACGUUCGUCGGGUACUCUGUGACCUGGGAAAACUGUCAGUGCGCGAUGACGUCUUGACAAUGAAAUAGGGUGAGUUAGGCGAAAGAGUGAGAACACGUAGACGAAACCGCGUGCAGAUACCACCAGUGGAUUUCCGGCGAGAGCCCGUUCUUCAUGAACGCAAGGAAAGAUGCUGUCGAGAGUUAAUAUGGUCGCGAUUUUGCUGACCUUGAAUUGCGUCAGUCGCGCGAUUGAGCAUUCGAAAUCGGCGCUAGAGAAAUGGCAGGAAGAAGAGAGAGCCGUCACUUCCGGCAAGAAGGUCCUCAGGUACACGUAUGAUAAUGUCACCUUCGAGAAUCCCAUUUCUUCGGUCAAUGGUCGCAACGUCAGAGACAAAGUAGCCAAGAUCCAUCGUUCAAUUGAUCAAGACAUCUAUAAUGCAUAUUCUAAGAUUGGAGUGGAGGAACGAGACGAAGCACGACGUAAAAAACGGAAGGUUGGCCGCACUUUGCUAGCGUUGCUAAUGGCGUACAAACUCAAAUUUGUUGCUCUGAUACCAACGAUACUCGGAGGUUUGAUUCUUCUCAAGGGAACGACGCUGCUUGCGGGAUUCUUCUUCGCUCUAUUCGCUGCCGUUCUUGGACUGAAGGUACACUGACAAUAAAAUCAAACAGGAUCUUUGGAAGGAGCGCACCAAGAACACACUAAGAAGUGAGAAUGACAUACGACUUUAUUUCGUAAUAAUUUACAAUCAAAUUAAACUUGUAUAACUCUAUUCGCCGUUAUCCUUGAGAAAGUAUUAAACGCCUGUGUGCACAAA